UGGAUGUCAUUUUCAGUAUGCAAGUCUCGAUUUAUAAUGUCCGAAGACUGCAAGCUGCUUACUCUACACUCAGUUACACCACCAGUGUUGCAAAAUGAAAAAGUAAUGCACGAAACUUGAUCUGAAUCGUGACAGUUUCAGUAACAAUCAGCAAAAGUUUUUACAUCUGGCACAGACAGAGUGAAUUGAUCAUCGAUUUUCAACUUUGCAUCCCAUCUAUUUUCUGUAAAAACAUUUCUAAUACCUUUAAUGUACUUUAAUACAGCUGCGAAAAUGGAGUUAGACCUCGAUACCAUAUCUUUGGCGCAUUGUUUGGUAUCCAAGCAUACCGAUAGUCAAUUUUUUAGAUAAAUAAAGCACAAUCAACAUUGAUUCAAUGCCUUGACCAAUGAGUCUUGAAUUGAUGUUGAUUAGCAAAAAUUUAUCUAAAGAAAUUGACUAUUGAUGUGCUUGUAGUUUUGGUGAUUUAUUGUAUACAGAUGCAGCUACUGAAUAUGAUGAGGAAUGCAUGAUAUAUACUCACAAAGUAUCUGAAAGAUAUCAAAGAACAGGCAACAAAAUAGUAUCAGAUGUGAUGCACACCGAAACCAAAUUAACUUUAGACCAAUGUGCUUCAUUAUGCUAUGAGGUAUCUGAUGGCGAUGAAACUGGAUGUAAAUCGUUCAAUUACUGUCCUAAGAGUAGAAAAGAAAGUUCUUGUUCAUCAACUCAUUUCUCAGUCAAAAGUCCUGAUACAAAAACCACUGAUGGAAGUCAUUGUUCCAAUUAUGAGUUAAAAGAAUCGAAUGGAAAGAAAAGAAAAGAGUCCAGUUCAACUAAAGUGAUUAAAGGGACAUCGGGAUCAGGUGCUUUUGGUAUCAUAAUGUUGUUCUUGUUUGUCGGCAUUGGAUUGGGAUUUAUAGCUCCAUUUGCUUACUCAAAAGUUAAACAGAUACAUGAAGCUUCAAAGGCUAGCGGAGGUUUCACUUGGAAAAGACAUCAGGAUGAGCAGCCACUUGAAAAUGUCGAUUGAAUUCAUUCAAUUUAUGCAAUAGAAUUUCAUUAAUAAUUAUUUUCUGUAAAAACAUUUCUUAUACCUUUAAUGUACUUUAAUAUAUCUAAUAAAAAGCUAAUGCUACAGCCCUUAUUCAAGCCCUGGUUUUAAAAAAUUGAGGCUCUGAUUUUACAUUUAUCAGAAUAUUCAAGAUUACCUCAUAUUUUGAUCUGAAAUUUCGGCCUUCGUGUAAUCUGAGCGAGUAAUGAGCUCGAAUUUUAAGUCUCCAGGAAUAUCUUUCAGGCGAAUUUUUUGUGAAGCGUUAGCGUUCGUGAGUUUAUGACGUUUAUGGGUUGCUUCGCCAAUCUUUUCAGCUUUGAAGCUUGCUAAUUAUAAAAUAAAACUUUUGAACUUGAAGGACUAUGGAUAAAUGAAUUUUAGAAAAUCAAUCUGGAAACUUAAUGGAUGAUUCCCUGAUUACUACUUAUUAAGAAAUACAAAUAAAAGUAAAAUUUGAACAAAUAACCAAAAUCCUUGCAUAUAAUAUAAAAUACUAAAUCCGAAAGCCGUUUUCAGGCGUUUUGCAACUCAGACAGUUGAAAAGAAAUGAAAAACUGUUUUUAACGAUAUCACAAAAGUGUUGAAUUAAACUGUAGUAUUGAUAGUUCAUAUUAACCAAGACUAAAUAAAGGAGCCAGUUUAUUUUUCAUUUUGGCUCAAAACUUUUACAAUGUGACCUAACUGUAUUUUACAUGAAUGCUGAAUUCGUAUGCGAUUUGCAAUAAUUUACUCCUAGUGUCUCCGAUUUGCCAAAUGCUACAAAUGUUGAGAUUGAGAAUUCACGAUUUAUUUUAGACUGAAGAUAUAACAGUCAGUAUGUUGGUUACAAGUGGUAAGUGUUAGUGCAGUCAGAGGUGGCGGAUCAUUAAGCAUUAUCUGAUUUUUUAUGUAUAUUUAACAUUUUUUGCACCAUAAUUCACUGCAAAAAGAAAGAAUAAGAAAGAUAUCUUUCAUAUUAAUCAGUUCUGAAAUAAUUCGAGUAAUUCGGACAUAAUGAAUACUAUUCUAUCGAUUCGAAAUAAGUUUAUCUUUCAUUUAUCAAUCUUAUGAUUUUCGUCCGUAAAUCCAGGAUCCAAACUAUUUCGAAGUCCAUUUAGAAUAACUAAGGAAAUCAAACUUUUUUCGGACUUUGAAUUCAGUAUUCACAAUGAAGAAUAUUAUUGUAAACUCAAAAGUGUAUAAUUUAAUUAUGCAUCAUGCAAAUCUCUGCAAAGUAUUCAUCUAAACUUGAUUUUAAUUGAUCAUUGAUUUAUAAGCAUAAUUUUCAGAAAAACUUUCUGGUCAACCUUAUAAUAAAUCAACGAUUCAACACUUUUUUAUAACAAAAGAUUUAAUGAAUAUCUCCAAUUUGUUCAUCUAUUUGUCUUUUCCAAGUGAAAUCUAUAUUGACCUUUGAAGCUUCACGCAUUUGUUUAACUUUUGCGUAAGCAAAAGGAGUUGUGAAUCCCAAUGCAGCACCGACAAACAGGAACAGUAUAAUUAUACCAAAAGCACCUGAUCCGGUUGUCCCUUUAACUUCUUCAGUUGAACUGGAUUCUUUUUGUUUCUUUCCAUUCGAUUCCACUUUCAACUCGUAGUUUGAACAUUGACCACCAUCACUGGUUUUGGUAUCAGGACUUUUGACU